GGCAACUUCCCACUUCCUUUCUUAUAAAAAUCCCAUCUUUUCUCUCAUUUCAACCAAUCCUCUGUAAUUCAAUUUCCUCUCUCUACAAACAUGUCCGGCAAGCAACAAACCCACUCGAACGCCGUCACCUACCACCGCCCAGGCCACCACCACAACCGCUGUGGCUCCGGCUGCGGCUGCUUCACCACCUUUCUCAAGGUCCUCAUCACCAUCAUCAUCGUAAUUGGCCUCGCCGUAUUGAUCUUAUGGCUCAUAUUCCGUCCCAACAAAGUCAAAUUCCACGUCACCGACGCUAAACUCACCCAAUUCAACCUCACCGAUAAUCAGCUUCAAUUCAACUUGGCUCUCAACAUCACCGCCAGAAACCCCAACAACCGAAUCGGAGUGUACUACGACACCAUCGAAGCUGCCGCUGUUUACAAAGACCAACGGCUGCAGACCAAGUGGCUGCCCCCGUUCUACCAAGGCCACAAGACCACCGCCGUCCUCAGCCCGGAAUUCUCCGGCCAGCAGCUCCUCCUCCUUUCCGGCCAGGGGCUGGCACAGUUCAACUCCGAGAAACUCGCCGGAGUUUACGAUAUCGACGUCGAGCUUAAUCUUCGUAUCAGGUUGAAAUUCGGUGCCAUAAGGAUCGGGAAAUUUAAGCCGAAGGUGAAUUGUGAGUUAAAAGUUACGUUGAGCUCCGAUGGAAGCUCAGCUCCGUCGUUGUUUCAGUCCACCGGCUGUGAUAUUGAUUAUUGGUAAUUUGGUUGUUGGUCGUUGACUUGGUCUUUUGUUGGAUUCAUAAAUUCAUUGUAUUUUUGUUGGUAUUAUUUUAAUGUUUGAUUGUAUUUAAUUUUGUCAAUUGGUUAUAUUAUAUUGUGUGAAAAUAAAUUAGUAUGGUCACC